AUGAAAAAAGAAGUAAAGAUAGUGACAGUUGGUGAUGGAUUAAUUGGUAAAACUACAUUAUUAAUGACUUAUUAUACAAAUGAAUUUAAUACAAGGGUAUACUCUUCAUUUGAUUCAGAAUAUUUGAAUCCAUUGACAGUAAUAAUUAAUGAUGAUGUUAUUGAAAUAUCAUUAUGGGAGAAUGAUGGAUUUGAUUCUGAUGGUGUAUAUAAAGAGUCUCCACCAUUUAUAAAGUAUCAACCAAAUCAUAUAAAUGUUUUCUUAUUACUAUUUUCAAUUUCAGAUAGAGAUUCAUUUAAUAAUUGUUUAACAAAAUGGAAUUUCGAAAUUAAACAAAACUAUCCAAGUAUACCUGUUGUAUUAUGUGGUAUUAAAACUGAUUUAAGAGAAGAAGAAAACUUAGUGUAUAAAAAUAGUAUAGAUAACUCACAUUUUAUUAGCUUUUCAGAGGGUGUAAAUAUGGCAAAUGAAAUUGAUGCAGUUGGCUAUUAUGAAUGUUCUUCCUUAAAAAAGAAAGGUUUGUCAGAGUUAUUUGAUGUUUUGGCAAUUGUUGGUUAUUCUAAUAUUUUAACAAAAAAAAAAGACAAAAUAAAAUUUAAAAAUAACAAUAAUAAUAAUAAUUAUAAUGAAAAUAAUCAAAAUAUAAGUGAUACUGAAAAUAAUGAUAAUAAUAAUAAUAAUAAUAAUAAUAAUAAUAAUAAUAAUAAUAAUAAUAAUAAUAAUAAUAAUAAUAAUAAUAAUAAUAAUAAUAAUAAUAAUAAUAAUGAAAAUAAUAAUAAUUCUUAUAAAAAUCACAAUAAUAAAACUACAAAUAAAUGUAAAAUAUCUUGA